GAUCAAAGGUGAGGAGACAAGAUCAGAGGUUUAAACGACGAGAUCAAAGAGAUGAUUAGGAAACCCUAAAUCUAGCCGCUUAGUAUGUGAUUUGUCCAAAAGUCCUCUUUUCGUUGCCUCCUCCUUCUCUCUUAUAGUGCCCUUCUGCGUGGUGCCCUAAUCGCGCCUAUCCUUUGGGCCUUGUCGCCCAAAGGCCGAGUAUGUGGGCCUUAGUACUGUUUCAUCCAAGCCGAGUAUAGCUGAUCGGCUUAGCUGACCGGCUUAAAGUACUCUGAGGUCGAGCUGACGUCUCUAGCCGCUAAGCCGACUAAGCUUGAUCAACCUUGUCGGGCUAGGACCUGUUAUGUGAUGGGCCUUGUGGAGGGAUGUAAUCCAUCUCCUACAAUAAGUCCCCCCCCAGUUCACUUGUGAGUGGCUUGUCGGUCUCAGUGAAUUUGUGGGUCAGGUUCGUUUAUAUAACAGGGCCUAAUGCCGACGAAAGCUCGUUUUACUGGUGUAUGGUUUUAGUCGCGUGCCGCGUCUAGUCGCUCCGCGUUACGUCUUCUCACGAUGCGUCGUGUUUUACUCGGGAGGUAAACUUCUCGGAUUAGGAGUCCAGGCGGUCUUUGGAUGGUUAACUCUGUCGAAUUGGUUCGGGCUAGAACCGGAGAUUAAUUUCGGUCCGGUUUCUUGAUUGGAAACCGGUUUUGGCGAGAAACCGAACCGUCGCGAGUAGGUUUUUGGGCAUUUAGGCGGCCUUUGAAGCCCAUUUAGGCCUUUGUAGACCUAAUGAUGACGCUUCGAAGGACGCGCCUCGUUUUUGCUAUAAAUAGGCGUCUCUCCUUUGCUUUCGUCAUUCUUCUCUGCAAGCUCAGGUAUUCCACUUUCUCUCCCUUCUCUCUACUUUUAUUUUCUCUCUCUAGAUAAGCCUUCCGUAGCAUAGGGUUUUUUGCUAGCGAUCUAGCUGGUUUAGUCGUCCCCCCGAGUAGAAGAGAUAUGGCUUCAAGGAGUCGGCUAUCGCGCGAGGAAAAAGGGAAAGAUAUAGCUACUUCGCCAAGCCCGGCUAGGGAUGCGGACGGGGGUCCGUUGGAGGAUUUCGACAUAAUCCAUCGUGAUGCUCUGCGGGAUACGGAGAACAUGAGCCUUUCCCAGCGCCUUCUGGUCGCUGAUGCCCAUAGACAGUUUCGCGAAGAAAUCGAAGAAAACGUUGAGGGCGAGGAUAGAGAGGCGAGUGGUUCUGAAGCGCCUAGCCUUGUCGUAAGGCCUAGGAGACGGGCUCGUCGGAGGGGUCGUAUCGACCAGUCAGGCCGUCUCCCUGCUCCGAGAAGUGUUCCGUUCUACGAAGUAGACUGUCGUCCUGUGAUAUAUCACCCUGGUGGGAUUUUCGAAGAACUACCUUCGCUGCCUCCCGAAGCGUUACGCGACCCGCGGGUUCAAUCGUGGGGAAACGUUUUCAGUUCCUGUUCUUCCAACGAGACCGUGAAGAGAUUGCUAAGAGAGAGUGGUGGCGCCGGAGUCACCUUCCUCAUUCCGUCAAUCGAUCAGCGGCCGUGGUCGCCACCGGUUGGUUAUCAGUGCGUGUAUGAAUCUUACUUCAAGGAUCAGACGAAGCUCUGGUUCCCAAUCCCCAGACUGAUCACGUCUUACGCAUUUCGUCGGGAUAUCGCCAUUUCUCAGCUGCUGAACGGGUCGCUGCGCAUAGCCGUCAUGUUGAUGGUUAUGGCAGCGGAGAUGGAUGUUUCGAUGAGCGUGAGGGUGUUUGAGGAGCUGACUUUCACGAAGGCGGAGCCCAACGGGAUCUUCUCGGUAAAGAUGAGAGCGAGUUACAACGUUUUGACUGGUCAUCCCAACAAGACGCAGGAUUGGCAACGCGCAUACUUCUUCAUUAAGUCCGACGAGCAUGCCUUCGAGGAGCCGCCGGGGGACGAUUAUCGCGUUUUAUGGAAUCAGCAACUUGUUCGUCAUCCCAAUACAAUUGCCUAUCCAGAGAAAUUCUUCGAAACUGCUCAACUGAUCGCGACGCAUAGUCAUCUCAGGUGGCCGGAUCUUAGUCGGGAGUGGAUACGUCGGCAACAAGCUAGGAUCGCCAGAGUUUAUUGGGAAUCGAGACUUCCUUGUGUGCUCGGUCCCCGCAAAUCACGUCUCUCCCUAUUUACUCGGAAACAACAAAAACUCCUUAACCAAGCUAGAAAGAUGGAGGGAGUUCCCGACUUAAGUGCCCUGUUGAAAGGGAAGCUUCAAAUGCUCUCGACGAAAUCGUCUUCUGCCGGUGCCUCAGAAGUCAGGCCUGUUCCCACAGAUGGAGAUGUGAACUCUGAGCCGCCAGCUCAGAGUUCCCCAAAGAAGAAGGCCAAUAGGGCCAAGGCCAAGAACAGGAGUGUCCCUUUGGAAGAGGCACCACCUUCUGCCGAUGUCUCUGAAGUCGCGGCUAAGAAGAAGAAGAAAAAGGAGAGCAAGAAAAGGUCUCGUGAAGAGACUUCUGUUGGGGCUAUGGAGACUCCAACUGCCGCAGGGAAUGAUGGUGCGGAAAGAAACGAUCCAGCCGAUUCUACUCGGGGAUCGCCUGAGGAGCGUCCCAAGAAGAAACUGAAGAAGAAAACAGCGGAAGGCGAUGGGACUUCUGCUCCCGAGAUUCCUUCUAGAAGUGGGGAACCGGCUACUGAAGUCGGAGAUGGCUCAUGGGAUGGAUCUCCGUCGAGUAAGGGAGCCCCUUCGUCUUCUGCGAGGGAGACUUGUGCGGGAAGCGGAGGUUCGCUUCUGCGGAAGGCGGGAGGAGGAGUUCGCUUCCCGGAUCGCGUAGAAUUCCUUUACGACGAGGCAACUCCGUUGGUUCUGAAUCCACUUCCAUGUGCUGAACUGACUCGUCAGAUUCGUGGCGGGACCAGAGAGUUGCCGCCGGUCGACGACUUAUACUUCAAAAAGGAGUACAUUGACGCGGCUAUGGCGGGCAGACGGAGUGACGGGAGCAUGAAUUAUCUCGUGGAGAAGUACGACAGCACUUUGAAGCAGACGAUGGUCCAGCUGGGCGCCUCGGAUAAACUCGCACGGACCAGAUUGGGCGUGAUCGAGAGGUUACGCGCCGAGAACAAAAAGGCCAGCGACAAAGCGGCCAAAGAGAAAGAGGUCCUCCGAGUUAAGUUCGAGGAAUUAGAAGACAAGCUGAAGUCUGACCGUCUUGCGAAGAAGAACGCUCUCCGCGAGAAAACUCGCUUAGAGCGAUUGGUCGCUUCCCUUGAGAAGGAGAAGGCUGAGCUCGAGGGAGAGAGGGACGCUGUCGUCGGGACGCUGGUCAAAGAGAGGCAACGCCUGAGGGAUUCCAGGGUUCAGGAGGUUACCCGCGAGAGGAUCAAGGUCCAAACGGCUAUGGCGGACAAGUCUACUCGCUGUAUCGGUAAGAUGAAGGGCUAUCUGAAUCGCCUUAUCGCGCGAGAGAAGGCCAAGAACUUAUAUGGGCAGGCUUCAGGAACCAAAAAAUGCCUUGAGAUGAUUAAAGAUAGCGGGAUCGCGAUUCCGCCGAGUAUGAUCAACAUCUUCUCGGAGCAGGAGAAGAUGUAUGAGGCUGAAGUCGCCAAUCUUUACCUCGAGCCGUUCUCUGAGGAUGAUUAUGCUCUCUCUCCUCUCAGCCUCCCUUCUCGAUUUGUGAAUGAAGAGCUCAUGGGGGUACUCGACCCGUAUGGAUCAAAUGUUGGUCUGAUUGGCCACGAAUCAGCCUCCCAGUUGAUCACUUCCCGCGAGGCGACUGAAGAUCCAGUCGAUGAGCCGAUGGUAGACAUUACUUCUGCUUUGUCGGAGCGUAUCGUCGUUCCCGAAGGAACUACCAUCGAAGAGCGCCCCGACGGGAGCGAUCCCGAGGAGACCGGGGAAGCGAUUCAAACGGAUACGGGGGAUGUAGCCGCUGAAGAUCCGGUCUUGGUUUCUUCAUCUGAGGAGCGGGAAGAGGACGGAGUGGGCGUGGAGGAGAACGGGUCAUCGCCGGCGCUUGUUGAAGAGAUGGUCCCGAACCUGCCAGUUCCAGACCCUUCUGCUCAGGUUGAAGGCCUUGGCGAUCAAGUCGUUGAAGAAGAAACGAUCGAAGCGCUUGACCCGAGUAGGGAUGACCAAGACGUCGUCGUCUGAUCUUGUUGUAUGCUAUAUUUAGGAUGUUUUCAUCGGUGGUCUUGACAGACCUUG